CUUCCAAUCAACAGUCGAGUUGCCUCGCACUAAGUUUGUUGUUUACAAAUGGCGGAAUCAAUCUGAGUAGCUAAUGUUACAUGUAUGAAAGCUUUGGAACACGCGUUUAAAGUUAAGCACAUUUUGAGCAACAUAUAAAAAUUAUUUCACUGGAACAUACUUUAACUGUCUGAUCAAUGAGUAUUAACAGUUCUUCUGUAAUGGUGAGAAUUUCGAUACAGAUGAUAGGAAUAGGCCUAAAUUUAAAAUGUCAUAAAAUUAUAAGUUAAAAGUACAACAAAUAUCACAAUGUGACCGUACUGAGUAAUCUUAAUCGAAAAAAGUUUUAAAAUUGAUUGUAAUAAAUAUUAAAAGAAUCCAUUUUAAUAUUUGUAAUGCUAUAAUCAAUUUUAAAACUUGUUAAACGAAAAUAUAAGGCAAGGCAAAUAAUAAUGAGGCAUAACUUUUAACUUUAAAUUUAACCAGAGUCACUUUCAAUUGUAAAUAGUACAGACUGGUAAAUGAAAAUAUGUUUUAAAGUCAUUAAUCAUUAAUCACCUUUCUUCAUUUGUUUAUAGAUUAAUAGUUCCUUAAAUUUGUGCAGUUUUAUAUCCUAAUUACCAGAUGCCGUCUGAGAAGUUUUAACAUUAUAUUAUUAUAUUCUUUUGGAAUAUAUUCUGAUGGAAGCAUUCAUAAAAAAUUUGAUGACAUUAAUUUUAAAACAGGAUUAUAUCAUGAAUCAUACACAGCUAGUGGACCAGGAAGAAGAGGGCAGCACUUGUUUUAUUUAUUUGGAGGGGUGGCAUUUUUAGCCAACUGCAGAGUUUUUUUCAUGGAUGAGUCCUGCCCUGGGCGGUACUAACCCUAGCUAUGCCACUGUAUAUAACUCUCAACUCAAGACUACUGUCAUUAAACUUUUGCUGAUAUUUUCUAACAACAAUGAAUCCAGACAUUGAGACCAAUGCUAUCAAAAUACAAACUGGAAGUAGAUGUUGAAACAAUCAUAUCUAUUUUAGAGCUUAAAAUUAACAAGGUAAAUAAGGGGAGAGACUGGAAUCAGGUUAGCACAAUAGUAAAACAAAGUAAGGUUAAACCUUAAAAAAGGAACGCAACGAAAUAUUGAACGUGUCGGCAGGAAGCCUUCGUCAGCAAACAAACAGAAAAAACAGAAUAGAAUAAAAAAAAUUUAAAAGCACUUAGCUGAGAAGUAGUAUCCAAUAGGGCAUCAAAUUCAUUAUAUACCCUAUUGAAUACUAAUUCUCAGCUAAGUGCUAUUUUUUAUUUUUAUAUUUAAAUCUGUUUGUUCGCUGACAAAGGCUUCCUGCCACACGUUGAUUGUUUUCUUGCUUUCCCUUUUUUAGGUUUAACCUUACAUUGUUUUACUAAUUUCCUAUUAAAAUUAACAAGAAUACACAUUUUUUUGGGAUUCAUUACCAAUCCAAACAUCAUAAUGAGGUGAAAGGAUUGGUGGCUUGCAAAAAUAAAUGAUUUAAAUAUUAAUAAUUAAAGCACAGUUCAUUCAUCCUCUGUGCUAAAAAGCAAGGAUCAACGGGCUGUGUGUUGUUUUAAUAUCAUGGUUGUUUAUUUGCUAUUUCUCGAUUAAACUUUUUAAGGGCUAAUUUUUAAUUAGACUUUUACAUAGAAGAGUGAUACUUCAUUGUUUAUGAGCAAAGCCAAGGUUUAUUUGUUGUCAUUUGAAGCAUUAUUUUAUUAAUAUUCUUCAUUGUUUUUGUUUUUUUUGUUGCUAAGGCUACCUUAGGUCCUAGUGGGGGGAGUAAGUUUCCUACCUUUGGAAAUUUUUUAUACUAUUUCUUUUGAUAGUAAAGUUGAUUUAGAUUUAGAUCCAUCCCAUAAUUCUGAUAGUAGUAGUUUCAGAGGGUUUGAGUUAUAACAGUGAAGAUGAUGUAUGCCUACAUCAAAAGGUUUGGAGAAAAAAUGGUUUUGCAUAUCAUGUUUUAUUUAAACUGAAGAAAUAAGUUUACAAAAAUAUAGUCCAUUCAAUUAUCUUUUAUUUGAUACCACAUUUAGCCUUGUUAAUCAAACAAUAAUAUUUUUUUUAAAAUUUAAUAAGCCCAACAUUUCACUCUUUUUUUUUUUUAAAUUAAAAAAUUUUCAUUAACAAAAAUUCCACAGGGAAUUUUAUUUUGAUAGCAUUGGUCUCAAUGUCUGGAUUCAUUGUUGUUAUAAAAUAUCAGCAUAGGUUUAAUGACAGUAUUCUUGAGUUGAGAGUUGUGUAUAGUGGUUUUCAUUUUUUGUGUACAGGAUUUUGAAUUCAGUGGUUUGGUAUGUACGAAAAGCUGUUAAAAAACUAAAUAAAUUACUUUUAAGCUAUUAAAAAAUGGUUUCAGAGUAAAAAAAAAAUACCCGACCAUAAUUUAAUACCUUUGAUGCUGCAAGUUAAAUGUUUGCUUGCAAUAUUUAUUGACUUAAAUCCAAGGUAUAUAACCCAUAAGUAGUAAUUUUUAGUAAUCCUACCUACAGAAGCUACCAAAGACUUCAAGGGUCCUAGCCCAAUAACUUUGAUUUUGUUAACAAUGAAAUUAUAAAUGAAAAAAAAUCAACAUAUGCUAAAUUGUAUAAUGAAGAUAUAGUUGUUGAUAGCUAUUUAAAUUUCUGUUCUCUCCAUAUAACAUUACUACAUAUGCAUCUCUUCAAUUAUCCUUCAUAAAAUCACUUAUUCAAACACCCAGCGGAAGUAAAAGUCAGUGCCGUCUUAAGGCAUGCCUCAUGGUUGGGGGGGGGGGGGGGGGGGGGGGGGCUUAUAGGGGCAUCAAGUUUCCAAUAUUGUUAAUGGAUAUUAAAGAUCUUAAGUCAAUUUAAUUUGCUUUCAAAGAACAAUGGGAAGCAGGUUAUCAAUUUUUUGUGAACAAGUUUUUCUAUUGUACAAUAAAUUCCACUUUUGGUAAUAGUUUCAGAAAAUUUCAUCAAUUUAAAAAACAAUUUAGGGAUUUGGAGGGAGGGGGUGAAAUGUAUUAAAUUAGAUAAAAGAGUUAUAAAUGGUCAUAAUAAGUUCAUUAAUUAAUCAUUUAUUUGAUGAAAUUUAUAGAAUAAAAAAAAUUCUUAAUAAACCUUUAAAGUUACUGAAUAUUUUGGAAAUUUAUAGUACUUCAAAUUCCCUCAGAUAAAUCGCAUAUUAAUAAAUAUAAGAUGCUUUUUAAAAUAAAUCCUAUCUUUUUUAAAAUAAAUCCUAUCUUCUUAACAUAGUGUCAUAUCUAUACAAUUUAUCAACAAUGACCAAUUUUUAAAUAGCCAAAGAAAUCCAUUGACCUUUUCUGCAAAACAGUAACUAUUUUUUUUUUAUUUGUAACACUAAGAAUUAUUUAAAUUUUAUGAAAUGCAAACAGGUAAUUAUUAUACUUACAGUUCUGCUUCUUUUUCAUUGAUCAUGUGUAAUGUUGUUAGGAGUCCUUUUUUUUCUUUAAAUUCAUUUAUUAAUAAAGUAGUGUAAAAGAAAGAAAUAGUUUGAAUUAAAAAAUGUUAAAGCAACAUUACUAUUGAGAAACAACUAAAUAUAAAGAGUUUGUCCAAACAAAACCAGACCAAGGGAACAUAAAUUUACACUAAUAUCUCUUCUUUUGUUAUUCACUUAUUAUGCAUAGAAUGGUGCAAAACUAAAUUCGAGUAUGUGCCAAAAUGAAUUCCAUGCAUUUUAAAUUUAUCAAACUUUUUCUUUUGGUGGGGCUCAAUGAGCCCCAUCACCAAACCCCAUCUUAUAUUUCUUUCGGGAACCUUUGGGGCCCUAGAUUUCUGCUCCCUUGCUAAUAAAAGUGACAGGCAACUGUUUAUCUUAAAAAAAAAAAACCACUGGAUGUUAAAAAAUUGAAAUAUUAUUUUCUGCAAGUUAGGUAAAUAUAUAGUUGGACUGUCACUAUAUAGAUUCCAGGGGUGAAACUAAACUACGGCCAAAAACAUACAGCAGUAAUGAAUUUAUGUUUAUGUAUGGCAGCGGAUUAAAGAAAAUAUUUCCCUACUUCCCUAUGACAAUUGUGUGAAAGAAACUCUGAUACUAACAAUAUUAACGCAUGGGCCACCUGACCCAAAUGCAUUUUCUAACAUCACUUGAAUAGUUUAGAGACAAAUAGGGAGCCCUCAGUGCAUUAUUUUUCCCAGGACCCCAAUGUUGUUGAGGCAGCCCUGGUAAAAUUAGCAUAUUAAUCUAUGAGAGCAUGGAAUUAGUUAAUAUGAAUGAUACCCAAAUGAAACAAAAUAAAGAAUUAUUAUCACUUAGUUGAUUAAUUAGGCCAUCAGUCUAUUUCAAAAGCUGAAAUAUUAGCUAAUGGUAUAAAAGAGUUACGAAGUAAAUUGUUCCAUUCACAAUUUUAUACUAAAAAUUUAAUUUUCUUUAUUCACAGUUGUAUUAAGUGUUCAUAGAAAUAAUCAGCCAAAAUGAAGAUCACAGUGAAGUAUCAAAAUUAAGUGUGGUGUGAAAAAAAAUAUUAUUAAAACUAUGAUGUCUUUGGCUGCUCCCACUGAUCGCAAGCGGGUUUUGGAUAAGCAGAUGGAGAAACUUCAGCAACAACUGGUAACUUUAGAAAAACAAAUGCAGGAGCAAGCAGCUCUUCGUGGAAGGCUAGAACAAAUCAGUAGCAUGGACUCUGCCAGAACGCAGAGAGCACUGGUAAGCAUAUGAUUAUAGUCCUUUUCUUCCCCCUGUUAAUGGGAUAAUAAAUUCAUUCUCUGCAUGAAAGAUUUUUAAUACCUACACAAAUAGUCAUGACACUUAUGAUUUUUAGGAACUUAGCCUUGAAUGGCAUAAAUGAAAAAUUUGUCAGAUGCAUUCAAUCUGCUAAAAACAACACCAUUUUACUGCACUUUCAACAGGAGAUGGAACACAUUUAAGAGUAAUCAUCCACACAAACCCCCCCCCCCUUUUGUGCACUUAAUAAUAAAUCCUUGCUUCUCUUCUGGCUGUGAAUGUUGAGCAAUUGGAAAAAUGUCGAUUAUCUAAUGCAGUGGUUCUCAACCUUUCCGAUGCCGCGACCCUUUAAUACAGUUCCUCAUGUUGUGGCGACCCCCAACCAUAAAAUUAUUUUUGUUGAUACCUUAUAACUGUUGAGUGCUUGUGUUUUCCCAUGGUCUUAGGCGACCCCUGUGAAAGGGUCUUGCGACCCCCAAAGGGGUCGCGACCCACUGGCUGAGAACCGCUGAUCUAAUGCAUAUGAGUAUAUUGAUUGAUAAUGAAAGGGAGGGUCAUUUUUUAAAAAAUUUCUGCUUAUAAGGCGAUUGGAGAUAACACAUAAAUAAAUUCAAGGAUGUUUUCAUAAGAGGAUUGUAAGAGAUGAAGUGUCACGUCUAACUUCACUCACAGUCUACCACAAUUUAGUGAUCUAUCUUAUCUAUAACAACAGAGGCGUUCUGGAUUCAAAUGAAAUAGUGACUAUCCUUUAUUAAUACACAAUCACAAUAACAAUCACAAAUAGUCGUCAAUAAUUGAACGCCCAGAAUAAAGCUUCUCCACUUGACAAAGAUAUCACUGUAUUAUUUAUGUCUAAAUCUUAUAGCAUAAUAUUAAUAGCAUGGGCUUAAUAACUGCCAUGACUCUAUCUUUUCUUCUCUAUCUCCAUUUCUUAUCCGUCCCUCUAUCUGAUUGGUUCAUCUUACCAAGUGUUUAUACUCUAUCUAUUACCAGUGUUAAUUCUCAAAUUCUUUAACUCCCUUGUAAAUCAUUAUUAUCUGUGACAUGAAGCUUAAACAUUUUAAUUUCAAUUUCCUUCCCAGGAACGAGCAUCCAGCAGCCAUAGGACUUUGCAGGGAGAAAUAGACAGGAUAUACCAUCAUGAUGAGAGAAGUAAGUACCAAUGGAAUUACAUGUUCAUUAAGCGUGUACAAUAGUUUUCUGCCAAAAGACUGGAUGGGCAGUUUCGCAGAUGACUGAAUUCCAGAGGCUUUGAAUUUCAUAUGUGAAUGAUUAUAUAUAAGUUAAACAUUGUUUGAGGAUCAUUUUUUGACAUAGUAUGCAUCGAAUGUAAUGCAAAGACAUCUUUUUAAAGUGUCACUGACACUGUGUUUUGAUUUAAACAGUGAAAAAAUUGUUACUCUCUUUGUUUGAAUCAUUACAAGUCACAAAUCAAUAUAUUAUCUUUUAAUUAUACUAUAUUGUAACAAUUUUUUUUUUUAAAAUUGAAAUUAUUAAUAAAAUUAAAUAAAACCAUAAAUUAAUUGAUGUUAUUUUAUUUAAAACCUUCUUCAGGCCCAAGUCCAAGGUCCAGAAAAGCUUUAGAGGAAAUUAUUGCUAUCAGAACUAUUGAAUUUCAACGUUCUCAGGCAGAAAAAGCUGCUAAAAUUCAGUAAGUAACCCAUUUCCUCAAAUAUUUUUGUUUUAUACAAUGAAAUGAGAAGUAAAGAUGACAUCCAAAAAGUACCCAAGUGUUUUAACAAGUUAGUAGCUUAUGACAUCAAUAAUUGACAGCUGCUGUUUAAAAUUGAACCAUGUGAUCAUGCCCUCCUCUAAAUGUGACUAUCUUCUCCUCUAAAUGGGACCAUUCCCUCCUCUAAUGUGACCAUCUUCUCCUCUAAAUGUGACUAUCUUCUCCUCUAAAUGGGACCAUCCCCUCCUCUAAAUGUGACCAUCCCCUCCUCUAAAUGUGACUAUCUUCUCCUCUAAAUGGGAUCAUCCCCUCCUCUAAAUGUGACCAUCUUCUCCUCUAAAUGUGACUAUCUUCUCCUCUAAAUGGGACCAUCCCCUCCUCUAAAUGUGACCAUCCCCUCCUCUAAAUGUGACUAUCCUCUUUUCUAGAUGUGACCAUGCCCUCCUCUUAAUGUGAUCACCCCCUCCUCUAAAUGUGACCAUCCCCUCCUCUAAAUGUGAUCACCCCCUCCUCUAAAUGUGACCAUCCCCUCCUCUACAUGUGAUCACCCAGACCACCCCCUCCUCUAAAUGUGACCAUCCUCUUUUCUAGAUGUGACCAUGCCCUCCUCUGAAUGUGAUCACCCCCUCCUCUAAAUGUGACCAUCCCCUCCUCUAAAUGUGAUCACCCCCUCCUCUAAAUGUGACCAUCCCCUCCUCUAAAUGUGAUCACCCCCUCCUCUAAAUGUGACCAUCCACUCCUCUAAAUGUGAUCACCCCCUCCUCUAAAUGUGACCAUCCCCUCCUCUAAAUGUGAUCACCCCCUCCUCUAUAUGUGACCAUCCACUCCUCUUAAUGUGACCAUCCCCUCCUCUUAAUGUGACCAUCCCCUCCUCUAAAUGUGACCAUCCCCUCCUCUAAAUGUGAUCACCCCCUCCUCUAAAUGUGACCAUCCACUCCUCUAAAUGUGACCAUCCACUCCUCUAAAUGUGACCAUCCUGUCCUCUAAAUCUUCACCACCACUUCUGUCAGCCAAUUUUGUUAUUGCUAUGAAGGAAAUAAUAUUGGACUCACCCCUUCUCAGUGUUAGUGUUAGAGGAAUUUAAUGACAUAUUAAGCACACAGUUUACAUAUUUGUUUUAUUCAGUAUGCAAAUUGUAUGCACAUUGUUUCCACGUAUGCACAUUGUUUCCACAUUUUAUGCACAUAUGCUAGCGGUGUAGCCUAAGUUUUAUUUAUAUAUUGUUCCAGACAGCUGGCCCAGGAGAGGCUCAGAAUCCUGGAAGCAAGAGAUCGACUUAAAGCAAAGCAUGAGAUGUUCCGAUCCCUCCCCUCCCCAAUUGGUAAGGCUACACACCGUGCAUGGGGUCACAAAUACUCAAUAUACACACCUAUGCUCUAUCAAGAUGGCACCCAAACGUACACCCCGGUAUUCCAAGAUGGCUAUUACACAUAUUUCCCGCGGUCCAAACGCCGUAAAAGAUGGUUCAACAGCAACAUCCUCUUUGUGCCCACACCUUUAUUUCACUCUUUUGAUUAGAAGGUUUUCAAAUAGAUGCUGCUGGUCAGAGGGUCUUAAAGUUUUCUUGACACUAUUGGUAUUUCUGCGACUGAAGUACCCUUCCUUAAAAUAAAAUAUUUUCUAAAAUAAAGAAAGUUAUAGGUGUGUAUUUCUGCCAACGGUAAAAAAAAGUUAAGGAGUGUGUGGAGCCCAGCUCAAAACAACAAUGUGUCAUUGUCAUCCGCAGCCACAUUUAACACGGAUGGCAUCCACACCAAAGUGAACCCAAAAAACAACUACAUCCACAGACACCUGUAUCCACUUAAAAAACACCCGCUUACGCAAAAUCAUAUUCACUAACAAAAACAUUAACAAGGCACCCACAUCCACUAAUUAACUCAUCCACAAAAUUAACUCAUCCACAAGUAGCGCCUACCACUCUCUAAGUGUUUUGUCACACCAUAGUAAUGGGCUUCAGACUUCUGUCACUUCCAGUACGUUGCACUUCCUACCAGCUUCAUAUUCUAUUUAGGCUUUAGACAUCUCUGUUUGAGAUCAAAUUAUUUCCUAUGGUUGUUGCCUACAGUUGCCAUAGGGUAACCUUUGACCUGAAUAGUGAAAGGAUUCAUUGGUUGUUUUGGCCAUGGUGGUUUAUUCUUAGUUAUCCAGUAGCAACAGAGCUUUGUUUUCAAGAACCUAUUCAAACAUUGUAUUCCUUUCAAUUUUUCCCCAAAUAAGUUUGUCUUUUUAAACAAGUUGAUAAGUUGUUGUAAAACAUUUAAUGUUGAUAAGUUGUAAAACAUAUAAUGUUGAUAAGUUGUAAAACAUUUAAUGUAACAGUUUUGGCCGCGUUUUUGUUUCACAUAUGUAUCAUGAUCUGAAUGAUAUCCUUGAUAACCUAGUUAGUUGUGUCAGCCUUUCACAUAUGUAUCAUGAUCUGAUUGAUAUCCUAUUUUGUUGUGUCAGCCUUUCACAUAUGUAUCAUGACCUGAAUGAUAUCCUUGAUAUCCUAGUUAGUUGUAUCAGCCUUUCACAUAUGUAUUAGCAUGAUCUGAUUGACAUCCCUCUUCACUAUUUGUUAGUUUUGCUUUAGUUUCCCAAACUUUUACACUUCAUUUGAAUCUUGUUUUCCCACUUGACUCUAUAAACAACCAAUAUUAUUUUCAGUUAAAUAAUAAUCAUUAAAUAGACCUGCACCAAAUAAACAUGAAUCCCUUAUAAGAUUUUUGUGAGAUAAUAAGCACUAUUGAAGAUCAUUUUAUGACCCAAAUGAUUAAUAUUUUAAGGACCAUUGCUCACCUAAAAAUGUAACAUAUUGGUAAUCAUUGUAUUAACCAAGGAUUUAACAUACUGAGGACUUUUGACCUGAAAAGGUAACAAAGUGAGAACCAUUUUUUGGGGGGGCUAAAAUAUUUAAGAUUUUUGGGGACCAUUGUUUUACAUAUAUACAAUAUUUGACAUGCUGCAGACCACUGUUUUAUCCCAUGACACAUUUCUCAAAUUUUUGUUGUCUAAACAAAUCACUUGAGCAUACGCAAAUUUUGUGUAUUAAACAUGGCUUAUCUAUUGGUCCUCACUAUGCCAAUCAUGUUAUUCAAAAGCUAGCUCAGAAGUACUCUUCAAAUAUGGCACUGAUAAAUCAUUAGAAAACAGUAAAAAUGUGCAAGUAAACAAAUGUUAUUUUAAAAAUGCAUCAGUGAGAUUUUUAAAUUUUCAGUAAGUAUUAACAAAUAAAGAUAUUAAAUUUUUAUCUGAGCUUUGAUUUUUGUAACCUCACUAUUUCUUUCUCAGUAAUUUUUUCAAAAUGAUUGCAUGCCAUUAUUGUGUAAAUGUAUGUCAUUUGUAACCUCUGUGCUUGUGUAAAUUCAGGCCAUAUCUGUACUAUAAGUGUCACUGUUAUGAGACAAUCAAACAAUCCCACUCCAUUCUGACACCAGCAGAUAUAUAUUUGUCGCCUGCCAUUUGAAACCAAAAAAUGGAUAAGGAAUAAUCUCUAGUCACUUUUUGUUCUCCCCCCAAAAAAUUUUUAUUCUCCCCACAAAUUUUUUUCUAGUAUUUACCAUGCAGAUAAAAGAAGAAGAAAGUAUGAGGGUUGUGAAAGAAAGAACAAGUGUUGUAUGAGACACAGAGCUUACGUGGCUGUAUAUUGUACAAGCUUGUUGUGUCCACAGACACUCUGCUACUUUUGUGCCCCUUCUUUUCACUGAGAUCCGUAUGCUGAUAUUGUGGCAGUGGCUGCUGAAUUCUAUUUAUAGGGUCGCUGUUGUGUUUAGAAUUUUAAAGAAACACUAGUUCAUUAUUUUAUGACCAAAUUAAAAUACUAAACUAUUAAUAGUCUGUUAAACAAUGGCAGCAGCAAUGCAUGACCUUCCCAUGAUGUAACUUUAUAAUAAUACCCAUUACUGCUACCCCCACCCCCAGGGUAUGCCAUUGCCCCUGGACUACAUUAAUAUACUACUCUCCCAUCCCCUUUUAACCCACAGAUUAAUUAAACCAGGAUAAAAUUGAAACUAUUUUCAUAAUGCAAAGGAGAAUCUAAUGCACCAAAUGAACUUGCAGUAUUUUUAAGAAUCUCAUUUAUGGCAGUUGUCUGGAAUUUUAUUUUAUUUUGCCCUCUACUGAAUUUAUCAUUACACCAUACUUUCUUUCAUACCUAGAGAUUAUAUUGAUGAUUUUUUUUUUUUUCAUUUUUGUUAAACUUCAAAAGAAAUCAUCCUCUUUUGCUGCCAAUUUAUGUGUUACUAAAGAUUCUGACAUUUGAAAAAUUAUCUGCUGAACACAAAAAUUCAAUUAAAAUUCUAGUAAUAUAAAUUAUCUUAAAAUAUAAGAAAGCUUAAAAUAAUGAAUUUGAAUCCGAAGAACUAAGAAAAAUUCAUUUAAAAUACUUGAAUCAAAAACUGACAAAUCACCAUAUGGGUGAUGCAAGAAAAAAAGGUCUAUGUAAUUUAUUUUAUUAAUGUCACUCUUUUCAAAAGUAAUGAGUAAAUAUGUAAAAAAAAUUGAUCAAAAAUUAUAAAUCGAAUUUAAUUUUUUAAUUGACAUUUUUUAACAUGAAUUUUUGGCAUAAAAUUUUUUUUUUUUUUAAAGAUGAUUUUUUAUUUUAUUUCUGUAGCCUCAGAAUGUGUGCCAGGAAGUAUUGAAUUAUUCUUAACUGUACUUCACAUCCACAUUUUAAUAAGAAUUUUUUUUUUACCUAAUGCAUUUGGCCAAUUCAUUCAGAGACAUGGAGCCAAGCUUUUCUUGUUGUGUAACUAUUUUCCCCUUGUCCUUUAUUCAUUGUAUCUGCUCUUAUAAUAAACUUGUACACCAUGCAUGCAAACAAUAAGCAGCUAUAGAGUAGACAUCAGAAAUAAGUUCAUAAGGGCGUACGCUUUUGCAUUACCCUCUCCACAAGUGUUUAUUGAACACUGGUCAGAGAUGCCCCACAUUGGAAAGAACAAUUUGCUUCCACUUAGCCAUUUUAUUAGAUGCAUUUUUAAAAUUUACUUAUAUUGUAUUGUCAGUAUUGAAACUGCAUAUUGGAGUACUAAGAUGUUAAAGUCAUUAAUGUUGUAGCAAUAAUUAAAAAAUUAUAUAUGUGUAGGUAUGUCCAUUUGUUUAUUUAUUUAUAUUUUCUCUAUAAAUAUCACAUAAAAAAUAUAACACUACAUAUUAUUUUAUACAUUAAUAUAUGCUAUAUUUAUAUAUAUAAGCAUAUUAAUAACAGUUGUAUUUGAGCUGAGGAGGGGAACGGUCAAUGUAAAAUAAUAUUUCUUUUUAAUGUGUGCAUAGACUGGAUUUGAAAUUAUGUUUUGAAAAUUAAAUUGUUGUAUUAAUUUUUUAAAGUUUAAGUAAGUCUUUACAAUAAUUAUUUUAAGAACCAGUGAACUUUGGUCUGCCAUAACGGAAGGUUUGGGUGGGAAGCUUGACGUGUGAAUUGGUUAAAUAAGUUCUGGGUGACGCAUUAAAAAGAAUUCAAGUCUUUUCCCCCUGGUGCUGCAGAGAUUAAAAGUGUUUGUAGCUCAAGUGAAUAGACUUGGGUGGAGUGUCAUACCUUCAUGAUAAGCUCGAAUAUUUAGUUAUUUCUGCUUGCUUGUGAGGGGGGAGGGGGGUUUUGACAGGUUGAGGAGAAGAAAAAUGGGGGCGGGUUGUGGGGGUGUUGUUCAAUGGACUUAAGCCAAUAAAAAUGUAAGAGAAAAAUCAAUAAAAUUGUCAGACAAGUUUUAAUGAAAAGAAUGUGGAGCUUAGUGGUUUGGUCUGUUUGCACGAGUUCAAAAAAUCACUUAUUUAUCUGUGUGGAUUUUUUUAUGUUUCAGAAUCCACUGCUAAGUGGUUAUACCUGCUGAUCUAUUGAUAAAUCAAGCCCAGCAGAUUAGCAGUCAUUAGCUUUGACCAUCAGUUUUCUUUCACAACAAAUUUCUUUAAUCCUAUUUUUAAUGUACUUGACAUGACUAGAUAUAGUGUGUAUGCUUGCGCUUAUUAUAGCCUCAUUGAUACUCUCCCAACUAUGAAUUGUGUCAACUUCUCAGGGAAUUGCCAAUUUAUUCACCAAAAUUUUUACCUCCCCUUGUAUUUUAUUAAAUAGAACAAAAGAGUUCUAUUUACCUGCCCUUCACUGAUUUUGUUUGUAUAAUUUAUGUACUUGCCCUUGACCAAACUCAAAGAAAACUUCAACUGUACUGGAGUCAACAAAACAAAUUUCAAAUUCUUAUACAAGGUUUGCUUUUGAACUUGGUGUGUGAGAGUAUGAGACAUGGUGGCAUUGAAUGUUUGAAGCAGAAUGGCAAAGGGUAGACAUUUAAUGCUCAUGAGAAGGACAGGAACAAGCUUGGAACUUUAUGUAAUCAACAGUUAUGGCUGGGCUGCUGUUUUUAAAUAGAGAUUGGAAGCAAUAAAAUACCUCUCCAUAUAAAUCAUUGUUAUUAUUGGCUUAAGUAAAUCAAUGUUGCUACCUGCUCUUAUACCGUAAUCAAUGAUAACACAGUAUUCUUUUAAAAAAAAAAUUCUCUCUUCAAUAAAGUGUUGAUUCUUUUGAAAAUGUUAUUUUGUUUUAACUUCAUCAGAUAUUUGUUUUUCAAAUCAUUUUAAUAACAGUAUUUACACACAGUGCUCCUAUUAUUUUUUUGUUAGAUAUAUUCUUUAAUAAUGUAAUAAAUUAGUUGGAUAAACAUAAAGAGUUUGUUCAAUUUAUGUAGAGAGUAUUUCCAAGAAAACUUGACACUUGAUGUUUUUCUUAAUCAAAUAAUCUAGUGUGCAAUUAGCCAAAAUAACUUUGUACACCGACUUUUUGCCUAUAAAAUGUUAAAUAUGCACUGGAAAUGUGUUUCAAAUAGUCUUGGUCCAAAGGGACACUACUUGUUAGAUUUAUCGUUUUUAAAUGUUCAGUGUUGCUGCCCUUUAUCCUUGAUAUUGUGUCAUAUUAAAAAUCAAUCCUUAAUUGAGUAGCAUUACUUUGUUUAAAAUCUGAUUGUUUCAUUGCUAAUACUUUAUUAAGUGUAUUGUUUGUUGUAGUUCAAAAAAUAAUUUUUUGGGCAUUCUUAGUUUGCCUGUCCUAUAAGUUUGUCAGGAAAGCCAUAUUAUUAUGUGCGUACAUUUAGGCAACUGGUUAAAGAAAGAAGAAGAAAAAGGAGAUUUGUCAGCCUUCAUUUAAAUUCUCUGAGCUCAAAUAUUUUAAAUUGUCUUAUAUUAAACCUAUAAACAUUACCAAAAAAAGUUACAAUGCUUGUUCCAGCUUAAUGUAUGUUUUACAAUUCUUACUUUGUUCUAAAACAUUCUGUGAACAUUGUUCAUCCUCUUCUCUGUACCUUUCAGUGUAUGAUUAUCAGGGUAUGGCUAUUUUUGUCCUUAAACUGAUUUUGGGUUGUAGUAUUGUUGAUAUAUUUAUUGUGCAUUUAUUUUUAUCGCAGAAUAUUCCUUGUCACCAAAUAGUAUCUUUAUAAUGAUACAUAAAUUCUUAACUAGUGUUUCAUUUAUUAUUUUAAUCCUUACAUUAGGCAGUGAGAUAGAGAUGAGGACUCCAGGUGUACGUACGCCAAAUGACCGUGUUCACUCCACAGACUCAUACAUUCGGCGAACGCUGAAUGAUUUACCUGAUGCUACAGACAGAAUAUACAAUCUGAGGUAUUAAGAAAAUAAAAUAUAUUAUAUUUAAAAUACACAUUGAUGCAUUCAGAAACUAAUAUUUAAUCUAAUCAGAUUUUUAUGAUUUCUCAUAUUCUGUAACUUGUGCCUGUGUUACAUUUCUUUAUUUAAAAUUUAAAGUAAUCAAAAAAUUAUUGUUAUAAUUUUGUACCUAAACUUCUCAAAAGUUAUUGUUAGUGUAACACAAAUGAAAUAUAAAUUAUUAUAAAUUCAAAUGCUAUAAAUACAAAUAAGAGCUUUAAGAAUGAAUAUAUAUAUAUAUAUAUAUAUGUAUAUUGCAUAAAUUCAAUUUCUUUGUUUUAGUCCAUUUGACAUGAGAUUCUUUAUUAAUUGAAGUUGAAUAUAAGAAGUAAAAUGUAAAUAUUCUCUUCAUUGGAUUCUUAUAAUAGCUGCUUCAAUUGCUGCUUGGUGGGUUAAGAGCUGAAGUUCAUCUUUGGUAAAAAUAUAUACUCCCUGCUCCAUAGUUAAACCCUUAAGUUACUUAUAGUGUUACUGCGUGUACAGGGACAGCCUGCACAAGGAUUAUGUGAGAACCAAAAGGCCUUAUGCUGGAGAAUUAGGGAUUGAGUCUUAUGAACCUAGACAGAUCCCAACUUUUCAUAUGGUAAGUUGUUUUUUUGCCCAUAUGAAUCAAGAAAAAUCCCAAUUAAUUUUUUUUUUGCUUUGAUGUGGUAGAAUUUUGUUUAGAUUAUUAUUGUGGGUGUGUUGUUUUAUAUAUGUGUGUGUGCGUGUGCUCUUUAAUAAAUUUGACAACUCUGUCUGUUUUGUGUAGGUGUAUGGCCUUGUCAAUAACUUAGUGGAUGACAUCAUUCAUAAAAAUAUACCAGCUGACCACAAGGUUUGGAAACAAGGCAUCAAAUUGUGAGUGAAACUGUCAAUAUCAACAUAGGAACAGUCAACUUAUUAUGACUGUCAACAUAUCAUUGCAUGCCUAUGUCUAUUAAAAUAUGGACCAUACACUUAGUAUGUCUAUCAACAGACUUGACAAUGUUAAGUCAGCCAGGAUGAUAUAUGCUACCAAUACAGGACAGCACACGACCAACAUAAAUUUGUGUGUUUCCAACAUGGAUUAUUUUUGCCUCAACAGCUUUAUUUUUAAUCUCAUGACAAAAAUUGCUAGCUGUCUCCCGAUUGCUGUGCCUAAAGAUUUUUACCACCCCACCUCGCUUUAUUUUACUAAAGGGAGGAUUCCACCAGCUUUUUAUCCAUAGUUGGGGAUGAUUAAUAAAAGAUUUCAAACUUGGCAGUUCUUUGUGGAGAGGCAGGCAAUGAUGCCAUUAUACCUAAAGCCUACCUACAUUACACUGAAAUUUGUGACAUAAACAGACACGUAUCACAGAUGUAUUACAUUGAAAUGUGUGACAUAAACAGAGAUGUAUUACAGAUGUUUUAUAUUGAAAUGUGUGCCAUAAACAGACAUGCACCACAGCUACAUUACAAGAAGAUUACUUCAUCAUUGUCUCUAGCAACUAUAAUUGACACUUGUGUUGCCUUUCCCUGUAGGAAAAUGUUAAAUGAGAAAGAAAAAGAUUGGCAAAAAACUUCAAAAGCUUUGGCAGAAACAGCAUCUGUCAAGCUGGUGGCAGAGGAAAUCAUGCUGGAGGUAUGUGUUUAAUUAAGUGUUUAAUGAUGGAUCUAUGUGUUUAAUUAAUUGUUUAAUAAUGUGUUUAAUUAAAUAUUUAAUGCUUGAGGUAUGUGUUCAAUUAACUUUUCAAUGAUGGAGGUGUGUUUUAAUGUUUAAUUAAUUGUUUAAUGAUGGAGGCAUGUGUUUAAUUAAUUAUUUAAUGAUGGGGGUGUGUGUUAAAUUAAUCAUUUAAUGAUGGAGGUGUGAGUUUACAUAAUCAUUAUGAAUGAAAUUUUUUAAUUGGGUUUGAUUGUGUUACUUUAGUUUGAAAUAUCUCCGAAAUCUUUGAGCAGAAAUUAUUUAAAAAAUAGACUUUUUAAACUACAAAGAUAUGAACAGGGUGCUUGAUUCAAUUUUUCACUAUUUUUUAAAGUUAUUAUGGUAUUUAAAUGGGAUUUUUAACUUCAUAGUAAACAAGUUGUAAUUAAUGAAUGAUUGGUCUCAAAAGCCAGGAGAGUCAAGCUGAUUUUAUGUCAUCCAAACACAUCCAGGUGACGGGUGCAAUGACAACAACUGUCGCCAGUGACAGCCUCCACCGGGAUUUAAUGUACAAGAAAAUGUCGUCCAACAUGUUCAUGAAGGAAGCUGAGGUGAGAAUUUAUGCAAAAUAGGAUAGUCUCUCUUUUCAAACAUUUGAUCAAAUCUGUAAGGGAGUGGGCUACUGCGUAUUAGGGCCAGUGGGGUACUGUGGAUUAGGGCCAGUGGGGUACUGUGGAUUAGGGCCAGUGGGGUACUGUGGAUUAGGGCCAGUGGGGUACUGUGGAUUAGGGCCAGUGGGGUACUGUGGAUUAGGGCCAGUGGGGUACUGUGGAUUAGGGCCAGUCAAGGUACUGUGGAUUAGGGCCAGUGGGGUACUAUGUAUUAGGGCCAGUGGGGUACUGUGGAUUAGGGCCAGAGGGGUACUGUGGAUUAGGGCCAGUGGGGUAUUAUGUAUUAGGGCCAGUGGGGUACUAUGUAUUAGGGCCAGUGGGGUACUGUGGAUUAGGGCCAGUGGGGUACUAUGGAUUAGGGACAGUGGGGUACUAUGUAUUAGGGCCAGUGGGGUACUGUGGAUUAGGGCCAGUGGGCUACUGCAUAUUAGGGCCAGUGGGGUACUGUGGAUUAGUGUCACCUGUGGCAGGCCUAUCCCCUACCACUAAAAAAAAACUUUGCUGUAGGUCAAAAUUGCAGCCCCUCUUUAUAACAGAAAAAAACAACAUCUGAGGUGGACUGCCCUCCUUUGCAAACACCUUCCCUGGCCACUGCUGACAUUUUCUCCCUUUGUGACAUUCUCUCUGUUUGUGAAAUUUUCUCUGUUUGUGACAUUUUCUCUCUUUGUAAUAUUUUCUUUUUGUGACAUUUUAUCUGUUUGUGACAUUUUAUCUGGUUGUGACAUUAAAGUUUAUUCCCUUAUAACAUUUUAUUGACCUGUCACACAUUUUUUUUUUUGGUCAAUCCCAAGAUUUAAUACCUCUGUCACAAAAUAUUAUCUACCUGUCCAGAGAUAUUUUAAUAUUUGAAAUCUCUUUGCCAAUAUCUGCUAGUCAAAUCUUGUCAUUCUUCACUUUGUCACUUUUCUAAUCAAGGUUCAAGCCACUGGCAAUAUGAAUGGGAGAGAACCAAGCGAUCCUGCUUAUGACAUGAUAACCCGCACAUUUUACUCAUUACAGAAAUAUAGGGAUCAUUACAAGUAAAUUGUGCUUUUAUUUUAUCUUCAUCUCUUGAUGAUAUCUAUAUAUUUUUAUCACUCUUCCAUAAGAGAUACAUGCAAUACAUUUUUUUCCUAAACUUAAUAAGAAGAAAAUAAAUUAAUAGCCUGCCAGCCCUACAGAUGUAGCAUAAAUAUCCCAAUCCAGCAUCCCAUUUGUGGCCCACAUCCCCUGCCAGCACACCAUCUGUGGCCCACAUCCCCUGCCAGCACACCUUCUGUGGCCCACAUCCCCUGCCAGCACACCUUCUGUGGCCCACAUCCCCUGCCAGCACACCUUCUGUGGCCCACAUCCCCUGCCAGCACACCUUCUGUGGCCCACAUCCUCUGCCAGCACACCCUCUGUGGCCCACAUCCCCUGCCAGCACACCCUCUGUGGCCCACAUCCCCUGCCAGCACACCUUCUGUGGCCCACAUCCCCUGCCAGCACACCCUCUGUGGCCCACAUCCCCUGCCAGCACUGCAUCUGUAGCCCACAUCCCCUGCCAGCACAGCAUCUCCCCUGGGAAAUGUCCUCAUUUAUUCAGUUGUACAUUAUGCCGAGACUCCUGAUUAAAGCUAUUACCAAACGCCUGAUUUGUUAGCUUUUAAUUUCUUUCUGUCAUGAUGCAAUGCAAAUUGAGCUGUAAUUUUUUUUAUUUCUCCAAAAUUAGAUUGUAUUUCAAUGUCUCUUUAAACAGAAAAAAUAUUUGGUCCCACUCUCAAAUAAUGAGGCAUCCCACCUCGGCCCCACCUCUGGUCAUUCAUCCUGUCACUCUGCCACCCCCGCCCAGCAAGAAAAAAAAGGCCAAGAUCAAGAACACACCCCCACCAGUUCCAUUGUCUGUUCCACAGCCCCAGGCCAUGCUUGACAAGUAGGUUCAGCUUUCGGCUGUUAAAAUAGUUAAGAUUUUUUUUUUAACAUUCUUUAAUCAGUGGGGCUCAUAUUAUAACCUGUGUGUCUGGAUUGUUGUUUUUCAGCAGUGGGGGGGACUGUGUUGUGAAUUCUGUACCUGAUAAUUUCUAUUGUAAAAAAAAAAAUGAUAUUGCAACAAAUAAGAAAUAAAAAGCUUUGCAAUUUAAAAAGAAAUAAAACUUACAGCAGAAAAUAAAAAGGUUAUCAAUGUUAACAAAAAUGAUAAUUAGCAAACAAAAACAAAAUAAAAUUUGUACUCUCAUUGUUUUAAAGAACUAAAUAGAAGGCAUUGUUUAGCCACUUGGAGUCAAUUGAUUUCAAUAUUUCUAAAUUAAUUUAAAUGGAUAAAGAUUUGUGAAAUUUACUGUAAUCUCAAAAUUUUUAAAUGAUGUAGUUUGGAGGAGGAGCCUGGGCAUACACCAAAUGAGGUGCAUUUCAUGUUCAUUACAUUUUAUUUCAUAGUUUCAGUAGGUUUAUAAAAUUUGAAUUUAAAAUAAAAUCACAUACGUCCUAUUUGAUGGCCUAUUUGAUGGCAUAUAUAAUGGCCUAUUUAAUUACCUAUACCUAUUUCAUUACCUAUUUAAUUACUUAUUUAAAUACCUAUUAAAUGGCAUUGGAUUUUUAUAAAUGGAUGAAGCCAAACAUAAAUUGUGUGUGUUGAUCAAAUAUGUUAUCGCUAUUAUGAGUUUACAAGUAACAAAGUAACAGAAAGAUUCAACAUGAUAUAUAUAACAGAACGGUUAUGUAACACUUACAAAAUGGUUGCGCAAAUUAAUGCUCCUUUGCUGUGUUGGUUGUGGCCUUGACCUUGCUUAACCUGCUUCUUGAUUAACCCUGAAAUUGUUCCACAGAACUGCUGACUUCUAGCUCACCACAUGACUGAGAUAAGUGACUUUCUACUCUGCUGACACAAAUGUUUUGCAUGAAUUUAGUUUGAUUGAUUGAUAGAUAGAUUUGUUUAUUUUCCAUUGCAGAUUAUAAUGUACAUGUAGAUGUGUUAUUAAGAGCCAAAAGGGCUUUAAAUAUUAUUAAACAAGCACUAUUUAGUUCCUAUUGGCUCGUUAAGACUUGCUGUUACUUAAAGUUCACAUGUUGUCUUCCAAUUUAAACUAUCAUCCUAAGAACUUAAUUUCCUUCAGAGUUUAGCGAAAUGUCUAACACUAAUCUGACUAAUGUUCACUUAAACAUUCAGAUUGAUCCCUGUGUAAAAAAAUUUUUUUUUUAAUUGUUGCCAUGUCUUGCACUUUUAAAAAAAAAAUUCUUUUUUCUUUCUGUUUGGUUUAAAAACGUGUGGCUCUGUUGCUGUGCAGUACUAAUACAAUAGUGUGCUUCUAAUCAUCAGCAUCCUUGGGGGAUAUUUGAAGGGGUAUGAGGGUGUAUGGUAGACUUCACUGACAAGUCGUCGUACCGAUCAACAACCAAUUUAUUCUAGUAAAUGUUAAAUAGCUUUGUAAAUCAGGAUUCUAUAAAAUUUAACAUGUCUCUAUAAUAAGGAGAUAUAUAUUUCUGUAAUAUGUAAAAAUAUUUCUCCUGUUCUAGGCUUAGAUCUCCCCGAUGUGAUGCCCUUGUUCUAAGCACAACUAACAGACUUAACACAUGAAUGCAAAAUUUUUAUUUAUUUUUAUUAACUAACUCAGGGUUAUUUUCCUACUUAUUUAAGUAUUUCAUCAUGUCUCAUUAUUUAACAAAUCAAUAAUACAUUGGCAAUGGGGAUUUAUCUUCAGAAAGUGUAGAAAAUUUUUGUUUGCUCAACUCAAUAUUGAAACUUUUAAAAACUAGAAAUGAACUUUUAAUUUUGUUCACAGAUUUAACCCCAGUUAUAUUUAUGUUUACUCUAUCUCAGUACUGCACUAUUAACCAAUGAGAAUGCUUCUUUCUCUUCUCUUCCAUUCACUAAUUCUACUACAAAAUUUACACCAUACUUUUAUCCAUUCACUAAUUUUACUACAUAACUUAAACUUUGGUCUUUUCAUUUAAGUAAAGACCUAGAAUUAAUGAUUGAAGUGCACUUGAAAUGUUUUCAUUGUUUUAACUGGUUUCAUCUUAUGUAAACAUUUUUCAGAGAUAUCAGAUUAAUCUCACCAUUCACUAAAUAUAUAUAUAUAUAAAUAUAUGAUAUUUAAGGUAAAAAAAAUACCUCUUAGUGUACAGAAGUGAACAUUUGAAUACAUAGUGUGAAUCUGCAUGUAUAAAUGUAAGGCAUUUUAAUUUGCAUGCAAAAGGAAUUCAUUAUUAAUGAAUUUAAGUUUGUAAAUAUUUGUGUAAAUUCUGAGAAAAUUUCACUUUAACAGAACAUGUGAUUAGAACUAUUGCUUGAAGGAACUUUUGCCUUAAUGUUACAAUUUAAAAAGGAAAAACAAUAAACAAAAUGAAUAAUGAAACUAAAAUGACGUGUCUUUGGCUUUUGUAUCAAGAAAUUAGUUUGUAUUUGAAGCAAUCCAUAAGAUUAUGUGCAUUAUUUACUAAAUUCCCCAACUUGACCAUGAUGACAAAACCGGAUGUCCUUGGUUUCAGUCAACCACUGGAUGCAGACGUCCAUCUCAUCACUUUUGACCACCUUCACCCAGUGGAUCUCAAAGUUACUGAGAGUCAGCCAGGCGAGAACUCUACACUCAAAAACAACAAGUUUUGGACCAACAUUUACAAGAAGCGUGAGGCCAAGUAUUGGAGUGUAAGUUGUAUCUUUUAAACUGUUUAGGUUCAGUUUAAUAUUGUUAGAGUUAAAUUAUAAUUUUCAAAAGUUAAUCUGUGAGUUCAGGGAAAAGUAUAUUUUUUCUACCAAAACUAUAUAUUUAAUAUAUGUUCAUUUCUUACAACCUGGGCGAAUCAAUUUUUUUAAAAUUAUAAUUUUAGCUUUAAAUCAAAUAAGGUUCAUCCAUGAGAUUUUUUCAGCCAGAGACCAUAAAAUUGUGUUCCAUGGUUAAUUUUACCCACACGCUUACGUUUUUCUUACAAUUUAUUCCUCCAGAACUUGAAGCCUCGCAUAUUUAAUAUAUCUGUAGCUAGGCAUUGCCAGGGAGUGACUGUUGUGUGCCCAUCACCUGAUCACAUGCAACUGGCUGUAGGAACUACUAGUGGUAUGUGAUUUCUGUUUGUAAUCUUAGUCUCUCUUGUGCAUUUGGCUAGAACUAAUGUCCACAUAAUCAUGUCUGAUCUCCUUUUUAAAGGAUAAGAAAUGGAGCCAUGCAAUGUGGUUUUCAAGCCUUCUUUGUUUUGUUAUUGUUAUUAGAUCGUUUAUUAAAUCAAUGCUGAAAUAUUCUUGGUCCCAGGUGAUGUCAUCAUCUUUAACACACAAGUUGAACCCUGGUCACCCGUAAAAUUUGAUGUCGGCCAAAUUGAUGAUGGAUGUGUGGUACACCUGGCGUGGUCAUUGGAUUCAUCCAGAAUCUGUGCAGUUAAAAAAUCGGUAAGCAAAAAAUGCACUUUUUCUCAGACAUCCAGUGAAUAAAAUUCUCUUUUAAUAAAUUUAGCUUAUUAUGGCAUUAUUCACUUAAAAUAAAAUACAUGGAGAGAAAUUUUAAAAUUGAUAUAAGUAACUUUUAUAAUUAUUGUCGGCAUAAUCAGGUCUCAUUUUUGUGUUUCUUUUUGUGGGACUAUACACAUAUCAUACAAAUAAAAUUAAAUGUGAUAAAAUAGAUCAUCUUUUAUGCAAAUAUAUGUAAUCUUUAAUAUGUAAGUUUUAUUAUUAUAAAUAAUAAAUAAUUUUAAUAUAAUAAUUUAAAAGAUAUUUUAAUUAUUAUUUGAAUUUAAGAUUUAAGAUAUUGUAUAAAGUGUUACAUUUUAUUUAAGAUACAUUUUCAGUUAUUUGAAAUUUUCAACCUGUAGGGCUCAGUCUGUGUGUGGUUGACCAGUGGCCGACCAGCCAACAAAGAACAUCUCAGGCGACUGGAGCUACCCAGCAAUGACGUAAAAGCACAACCCUUCUCGCUUAUUCCCUUGCAUGUAUUUUAUGCAAAACAAGGGGACUUAACUAUCACUCAAGGUAGGAAAUCUCUUAUAAGUGUUUGCUGAUUUGUUUAGUGUACAUUGAGUCAGAUUUAAGUCAACUAUUCCCUUUUACUGAUCAAAUUCUUUUUUUUUUCAUUAUAGCGUGUACAUAAUUCUUCUGUAUCUUACGAUGUCCCAAACAGGUUCAUUGGUAGAUCAAGGGACACCACAAGGAUCCAGUGGAUCAUUACAAGGAAGAUCACAAGGCCAGGAACGAGCUGUACUUGCAGUUUUUUUUCCUUCCCUCACUUUUUUCCAAACUCAGGUAUGUUUGCUCUACACUCUUCGGAAUGGUAUGUUUGCUCGACACUCUUUGGAAUGGUAUGUUUGCUCUGCAUUCUUCGGAAUGGUAUGUUUGCUCUACAUUCUGGGAAUGGUAUGUUUGCUCUACAUUCUGGGAAUGGUAUGUUUGCUCUACAUUCUGGGAAUGGUAUGUUUGCUCUACAUUCUGGGAAUGGUAUGUUUGCUCUGCAUUCUGGGAAUGGUAUGUUAGCUCCACAUUCUUUGAAAUUGUAUGUUUGUUUUAAAUUCUCUGGAAUGGUAUUGACUAAUUAUAAGAGUGUGGGACUGCGAUAAAAAGCUUUCAAGUAGAUUAAUGAGUCACAAAAAAUGUGUGUAAAUAAAAUAAUAUAGGUUAUCUGUAAUAAUAGUUAGACUAAUUAUAAGAGUGUGGGCCUGGGAUAAACCUUUCAUCUAUUAUUAAAGCCUAACCUAUAUUGUUUUAUUGACACAAAUUGUUGGAAUGGCAUGUAUGUUUAUUUUGCAUUAUUUGGAAUGGUAAGUUAUACAUACUUUGGAAUGGCAUGUUUGUGAAUGCUUAAGUUUUGCACAUUUCUGAUACAUUUAAAAGUAUAGUAUUAAAUAAAAUAUCUAUAUUGUAUCUUUAAAAUCAUAUCAUGAGAUCUCAGACCCAUUCAUCUGUAAGCUCAACCCCCACCCCUUGAACCUCUCGUCUAGCACUCUAUCUGUACAGCCCUCAAUAUGGGAGAUGUCCUAAAACUUGACCUUGAGACCCUCUACGCCAAGGACAACUCACAAAAAUCACCAGUGCUGUUGAAGCCUAAAAUUGAGGUAAAAAAACCAGUCAACAUUAUUUACUGUGAAGGAAAUAUUUUAAUUUUAACAAUGUAACACUAGGGCAGACAGAAGUCAGCUUAGAGGAAAUUUGGAAAUAGUUUUGUUCCAUAUUUUUUUUUCUACUUUGACAUUUCAGACAAAAAUGGAGGUUCCGAAUCUCGUCCGCCAAAAAAUCAGGGCAGAACUUUUGAGAGAACACAGAAGUCAGAUCAUUCAUCUCGGUUUUAUAGGGAACAUUGGUAAAAUGGUGACUGUUGACAGAACUGGUUUUAUCUGCAUCUGGAAAUAUGACAGGUACAACUUAUACAAUGUAGUUAACUUACAGUGAUAUUAGCUGGGGGGGGGGGUGUGCAAUCAGGUCAGGUAGAAGGACAUAAGUAGAACGAGAUAGGGGGAAACCUGAAAAAAGAAGCAACAAAACAUCUAACAUGUCAACAAUUUAACUUUUUCAGGGAACAUUGGUAAAAUGGUGACUGUUGACAGAACUGGUUUUAUCUGCAUCUGGAAAUAUGACAGGUACAACUUAUACAAUGUAGUUAACUUACAGUGAUAUUAGCUGGGGGGGGGGGGGUGUGCAAUCAGGUCAGGUAGAAGGACAUAAGUAGAACGAGAUAGGGGGAAACCUGAAAAAAGAAGCAACAAAACAUCUAACAUGUCAACAAUUUUACUUUUUCAGGGAACAUUACAAACAAAGAGUAACACAAUUAUAAAAAUUUAGCUAAAAUGUAGUAUCCCAGAGACAAGAAAUGGGAAUGUAGUAUCCCUGAAACCUGCAAGGGAUAUGUAGUAUCCCAGAGACCAGCAAGGGUAAUGUAGUAUCCCAAAUACCAGCAAGGACAAUGUAGUAUUCCAGAGACCUGCAAGGGGAAUGUAGAAUCUCAGAGACCAGCAAGGGGAAUGUAGUAUCCCAGAGACCAGUAAGGACAAUGUAGUAUCCCAGAGACCUGCAAGAACAAUGUAGUAUCUCAGAGACCAGCAAGGGGAAUGUAGUAUCCCAGAGACCAUCUAGGGGAAUGUAGUAUCCCAGUGACCAGCAAGGGAAAUGUAGUAUCCCAGAGACCAGCAAGGGUAAUGUAGUAUCCAAAAUAUCAGCAAGGACAAUGUAGUAUUCCAGUGAUCUGCAAGGGGAAUGUAGUAUCCCAGAGACCAGCAAGGGGAAUGUAGUAUCCCAGAGACCAGCAAGGGUAAUGUAUCCCAGAGACCAGCAAGGGGAAGGUAGUAUCCCAGAGACCAGCAAGGACAAUGCCAGUAAAGGGAAUGUAGUGUCAUAGAGACCAGCAAGGGGAAUGUAGUAUCCCAGAGACCAGCAUGGGGAAAGUAGUAUCCCAGAGACCAGCAAGGACAAUUUAGUAUCCCAGAGACCUAGAAGGGGAACGUCUUCCUACAUUUCAACUGCUUUUUUUUUUUUUUCAUUUUGUAACUGUUUGCGCUUCUUACUGACAAAGCUUUCUUGCCGAAACGUUCGUUGCUUUGUUGUGCCCUCUCUUCAGGUUUUCCCCAAACCUGCUCUACACAUAUUUCCUAGUUAACUUACAGGGGUUCCCUAUAGGAACUUGUUACCCAGUAGGCCUACACUUUUGUUAGCUAUUGGGGGCUUAUAAUAUCCUCUUAUAAAAUUUGACACAUUUCAGUAAAAUCAAGUCUGACCCCCCGCCCCAGAGUAUGAGAAGUCAAGUAUAUCUUUCCCAUUGUUACAACUUCAAUUAUGUCAGUAUAAUUUGAAUAAUGCAUAGAGCUAUUCUUUAGUCUUCUAUUUUGUCAUCACUUUUUUUUAUUUCAAAUGCUUAACAUUCUUUCCUUUAGGACUUUUUUAUCUGGAUUUGACUGGUUUUUACCAGAGAAGAAAUUUAAGCUUAAUAUGUCCAAAACAAGCUAUGUACCAGCAGGUGAUAACAUUGCAAAAGUGAGUGAUUGCCCUUUAGUUUGAUAUAAAUGAACAUUUAUUUAAAAAGUAAUUCAUUGUUACAAAUAAAAAAUGACAAUAAACUUGUUACAGACCAGACAUGCAUUUUAUAACAUUGUAUUAUUUAUUAUUGAUCCUUUUACAUUUCUUACAAGCUGCUUUUGAUAAUGGAAAAUUUAAGUUUUGAUCCAUCAGGUAGCUAAUUUCAUGUCAUUCAUUUCUCUGUGAAAUCAUUGAGUUUUGUUUACCUGGCAAUGCUGUAUGUUACAGAUUGUGUUCACAGACCAAACUAAAUCUGUUCCCAGAUCAAAGAUAGCUCAAAUGAGGAAUAAAGGUUUCAAAUUUAUUUUAUGUUUUAAAUAACAUUUUUCAAACACAAUCAUAAUAUCUUGUUUUGUUAAAAUAAAAAUAUGAUUCAAUCAGUAGAUAAGAUAAGAUAUUUUUAUUGAUUCAAAUAAAUGAAAAUUUGGGUUUUUUCUUUCAUGGUAGGCCUACAUAUUUUUUUUCAGUCCUGAAAAUCAUUGUUUGAGUUUUUCAUUGUUCGUUAAAAUUAGUACACUUGAUGAAUAUGACCAGACAAACAUUUCACUCUGGGGAUGUUUAGACCAAAGUUUAUCUAUAAAUAUUAUCGAUGAUUUAUUCAAUUUUCCAUUAAAUAAGAAGGCAAACAAAAAUUUUUUGUUCAUCUUUCAGCUCAACAAGCUCUAAAUAAGCUGCAGCUCGGAGACCCUUGGCAUGUCAGCUCGGACAGUCGGGGUCUAGAUGUAGGUCACAGUGAGCAUAUCAAACAGUAUCAUAUUUUUUUUAUAGUUACAUGCCAUUCUUUAUGAUAUGAAUUUAAUCAUCUAUUUUGAUGCACUAAACAUUAAGACAUUAUAGUUUAACUUGUUAGAGUAUUGUUUAUUUAAUAUUGUACAGUUUUGUGUCAUGUUGCAUGAUGAUAAUAUGAUGCAAUCUAGUUUGGUACAGUACAGGUUAAUUUGAUUUAAUAUUAUUUAGUAUAUUUUGAAGCCUUUAUUUUCUUGUGCUAGACGUACAUGUACACACCUCAUGGAGGAGCCAGCAACAUAGGAGCUAUCUUUAACAUUGUUGUCAGACAUCGAAAGACCCAGCAGUUAUCCAAACACGUGACUCGGAUGUAUAAACCAGUGCAGGUAAUAAGUGUCACUUACUUCAACAUAUUUAUUUAAAACCAAUUGACUUAUACGACAGUACUUAAAUUUUGGAAUUUAAAAACAAACAAAAAUAAACACUGGAUAAUACAAAAGGCUUUCUAAAACCACUGCAGGUUUUUCCAGAUAGCGUUUUUUGUUUUAUUAUUUCUAUUGGUGUUUAUGUUCUUACAGGUCAACUGUACACGUCUUAUAACAGUCCGGCAAACGCCAUCAGGCAAUGAUUUGGUCAUUGUUCUUUUGUUUCCUGCCCACCCACCUAAAGGUCAGUAUGUGAUCCAAGUCAGCUCUUCUAAACUCCUCGCUAGACAAUACAGGAAAUCAUUUUUUUUUACUCAUAAUUUUUAAGAAUGGUUGUGUGAAUAAUGGUUCAUGGGUUGGCACCUGUUCAGGAGUCUUACAUUGCUGGUCCAUGGGUCUUACAUUGCUGGUCCAUGGGUCUUACAUUGCUGGUCCAUGGGUCUUACAUUGCUGGUCCAUGGGUCUUACAUUGCUGGUCCAUGGGUCUUACAUUGCUGGUCCAUGGGUCUUACAUUGCUGGUCCAUGGGUCUUACAUUGCUGGUCCAUGGGUCUUACAUUGCUGGUUCAUGAGUGUUACUUUGCUGGUCCAUGAGUCUUACAUUGCCUGUCCAUGAAGCACGCUUUAAAUUAGGAGAUUUUUGCAUAAAACAUGACAUCCACAUUUUAUAUUUGAAUGAUUCUUUCUUCAAACAUAUGUUUUAUUUUCCCUAUUAAACUUACCAAUAAAUAUGUCAAAAGCAUUAUAUUUUCAAAAGCCGUAACAAAAAACUUAUUAAUGUAAGCUAAAAAUAUAUUAAAUAAAAUUUAUGGCAUAUUAAAGGUUUAAUGACAAGAAUAAAAAAUAAUAAAUCUGCACUAGUGCAAUGGGAAACAUGUCCACUGGCCCACAAAACUCCAAAGUUUGGGGAUCACUGAAACAUCCUAUAAUACAUUAAGAUUUGUUCCUUAAAGUUUGUUUAUCAACUGUUACUUCUAUUACGUAAGCAGAUGAUUAGCUCGAUAGAAACACAUCAGGUCUCUCAUACUACUAUAGAGAAGAAUAUUAACCAGAGCUUUUUGUUGUCCCUGCAAUAAAUAAUUUCCAAUGUAGAUACUGCCACUGUAGACAGAUUCAGUUACAAGACUGUUAAUGGAGAAUGUUAACUUAAAUUUAGAUUCAAUUUGCACCAGGUUUAAUCAGGCAUGACCAGUAAUGAUUGUUUUUCAGAAUUCCUAAAAACUCCCAAGAAAAAGUUUUUUCAAAAUUCCUAACAACUUCCCAAGCCAUAGUUUUUGAGUAUUCCUAACAACUCCCCAGGCCAAACUCCUUUGGGCAAAAAAUGAAACAUAAAAUAAAAUCUUCAGGGUCAUGAAUAAUUUGAUUUUGAUUGAAACAUUGGCCAUGAAACUGUUUCAUUAUUGUUCUGUCGUAGAUCCACAUCUGACCAUCCUGGUGCUGAAUCUCCAAACAAUGAAACUUCGAGACUUGAGGAAAGAUGUGAGCCUGACGAUUGAAGAACAUAACACACUGAAUGAACUGAAAAUUCUCUCAGUUGAUGUGAGUACUACAGUGUGCUGUAUAUAUUUAAUUCACUCCUCACAUAGAAAUUAUGUGCGAUGGGCAGCACGCUUUGUCCUAAACCGCUACAGAAACACUUCAAGUGUUGGCAGUAUGCUGGACUGACUGGGCUGGUCACCAUUGGAGGAACGACGAAGACUAUCCAGGCUCUUCAUGUUGUACAAGAUCAAAAAUGGGCUGGUCAACUGCUCGGCAUCAAACAGAAACUCACCCAUCUUUCCCCUAGACAGCGACGAGGCCACGACAUUCAGUUCCGGCUAAUAAAAACAAGAACUCAGUACAGGAGCUCCUCAUUCCUGCCAAAGACAAUUAGGGACUGGAACAAGCUUCCAAAAGCAACAAUUGAGGCAGCUACACUUGACACAUUUGUGUUUAUUGCCUCCUGUCUUCCAACCCCCAGUUCAUAACACCACUGCUGAGUAGCCCUUGCACCCAGUGAAGUAUCACCUGGAAAACCAUGCACAGUAACAUCGCAGACCCCUCUGAAUCAUAGAAGCCAGAAUGAUCAAUUCAUUGAUCAUGGGCCCUCAAAAUAAAGAAGAAGAAUUAAAUAUUGUGCAUUCACACUUGAACAGUUUUUUAUUCUGAUAUUAAAAGCAACAGCAAUAUUAACUUCACAAAUUUUUUUUUAAUUAAAUAUUUUCCAAUACAAUUCGUUAUCUAAAUUAUUUUCUCUACAAGAUCACUCAAACUUAUGGACCAACUGGCUCAGAAUAUCUCUUUAUGACACUGAAUGGCCGUCUCAGUUGUAUCUCAUUAAACACAGGUGCUAAGGUCAUGUGCGCUGAAACUUUGUCCAGUCCUAAAGGUAAAACAUUAUAGAUCAUGGCAGAAUCGCAUUAAGCUUUUUUAAAAUCUUUUAACAAAUUGUUAUUGAAACAAUAUAGCUACUACUAGAUAUUGAUAGCAUUGUAAUUGAAACUAUAUAAAUAUUAUAUAUUUAGCUAGAAUAUAGCAUUGUAAUAACUACACUAUAUUUAUAGCAUUGUACUUGAAACAAUGUAGCUUCUAUAUAUUGAUAAUUAAAAUUCCAGUAUAAUAAUGGAUGCAUAGCAUCUUUUUUUAAAAUUAAACAAUAAAUUAAAAUAUGAUAUAAAGUAGCCAUAUUUAACUUCAAGAACCAUUAGAGAAAAGUCUGCUAAAGUAUUUGGAGACUAUCAGAAUUGCAUAGUUCAACACCCAAAUUGUUUCAGUUAUUGUCUUCAGAUUUGACUGCAAAAGCAGAAGAGCACUUACAUGAUUACAAAAACAACUCAACAGGUGUAGACAGAUAAAAUGCAACCUGCCACACUAAUCCAGGAUCCUCUAAAGCAGUAACCGUCAGCGUCAUAAUCUUUUAGGAUGAGACGCAAAGAUCUCUCAAAUAUUUUCUUAGAGCUUUCUGAUACCACCUUCUUACCAGCGUGUGUUAAUUUCUGUGUUGUUUAUUAUUUUUGGGGGUGCGAUUCCAUGUUUCCCACAAAUGAAAUGAUCAAAUUACGUUUUUGUUUCCAGCUGCUUGUUUCCCUGGGCUGACCUUGGAUGAGAGACAGUUCCGUCUGUCAAGGUUCUACAAGGUGACAGCCAUGGGCAACUUUGGAGCACUGUUUGCUGUUCUGUUUGAAAGGGUGAAUUCAGAUUGUUACUUGAGUCACGAAGAUUUUAGCAGCCAACUGUGAAAAAUAUAGAAAAAUAUAUGAAUAUAAUCCUUAAUAUUUUUAGUCAGUGUUUUGCAAUUAUUUUUUUAAAAUUUGCAUUGAUUAUUAUAUGCAUGUUUCAAUUACGCUUUGAUUUAAAGGUUCUGUAAUAAGAUAUUCUAUUUUAAAUAUAAACGUAUUCAUUAAUAAGUUUUAUCUAUGUCAUUGAAAAAUUAGAAACCUCAUGCCAUAUAUAUAACAUGAACAAAAUGGAGUCAAAUGGAAGCUAUUUAAAAUACUGAUUGUUCAGUACACUGAUUAGAUUGUGAUGCCAAUAGUAUUGCCAAUAAUAUUUUAUCUUCUUGCAGUCUUCCACUGCUAUAAAAGUCAUCCGCCUCCAUGAUGGCAACUUCACUGAAGACACACAACUCAUGAGUAAAGCUUUCCAGAUAUGGUGAGUUACUUCUCUCUAAAUUGAUUUGUGAAAACCACAGCCACAAAGAUUUCUGGUACCCUCAUGGGUUGUGGCAAACCUAAAAAUAUAUAAUAUAUAUAAUCCUUGAUUUGAACAUUAUAUUUUUUAAUUUAGAUAAAAAUAAAGUAAUUUAAAUGUAUAAUCAUUUAAUUAGAAUAUAAAAAUAAUUUUCCACAGGAAUGGUGUUUCCCAAUGUCCCUCAGAGCUGCGAGUCAACCCAGUUGAAUGGGCCCUCCCAGAUAUGAAACAUAAGGAGGCAGAGAUGAGAAGCUUCUUGAUGUCUUUACUGCCCCAAAGUGAGGAGAUAACUCAGGAAGAACAAAUAAAAGAAAAAAUUGAUAAUUACCUGGUUUUGCAAAAGAAGGUAAAUUAUCUAAAUGAGUUGAAGUUGUGUUGCUUUUAAUUAUAAUAAAAUAAUAUAAUUUUGUUUAAAUUUGUUUGAUGACAUUAACUCUUUUUUUUUUUUUUUUAAUAAAAAAAGGUAGCCAUUUUUAAUAAGAUCUAUUUUUAAUUUUUUAAAAAAACAGUUUUCAUUUUUUUUUUUUUUUUUUUUUUCUUUUAUUUGAUGAAUACCUCUUUGUAUUAACAGGUUGAUCAACAAGCUCUGCUAGAAAACUUAUAACCUUUGGGAUGAUGCUUCAUUCAACUGUAGGAUUAUCCUUGUUUACUUCUAGAUAAUCUAUGAUUAUCCCUAUAAUGCUGUAAGCUAGUCUAUGUUGACGGAUUAUCCAGUCCUCAUUCAUGUACAAAAAAUUUCUGCAUUUAUUACUAAAAUUUGAUAAAACCACUUAUCUGUUAACAUAAGGGUUAUAUAAAAUCAUUUGUGUUGAAGAUCUGACCUAUAACCUCUGCACUUUCCUUUCUUACUUGAAUCAAGUUAAUUAAAUAUGAAAAAAAACUUUUACAUAAAUUUACUUCAGUGGAGUUUAUGAGUGAUGUUUACACAGAUUACUUAUAGAGGUGAAAGAAUUUACCGUUCUGCGAAUAUUUCUGUAAAUUGUUUGGUGGCACAUUUCUAUUGUAUAAAGCAAAAUUUUGAAUAUUAAUGGAUUUUAAAAUACUGUUAACUAUUGUAUUUAUAAUCACUCAUUCAGAAAAUGUGUUGUUGGUUUUUUUUGUGUGUGUACAGUUGUACAGAUUUAAUAUAAUUUUAUCAUGUACAAAUCUUGUUAAAUAUUCUUUCU